CACAAUCUCUGGACCUCAUCCAUUUCGAUUUCAUCAGCCGUUAGCCAGAGACCAGCCUGCGGUCCUUCGCGACACACUGGUGAUACGAGAGAGCCAUGCUUCUCAAGCCUUACCAGUUGGGCACACUGCUCCUUCUGGUGGCUGCCGGCUCCGGCCCCGCCGCCACCGGCGGCGAAGACGGCUUUGAAGGUCAACAGUUCGCCUACAACGGCUUCAAGGGCGCGAACCUGACGCUCGAUGGCGCGGUCGUCACGUCGAAGGGCCUCCUCGUGCUGACCGACGGUACCAGCCAGAUUAAAGGCCAGGCCUUCCACCCGUCUCCUCUGCCGUUCCUCGCCGUGACGAACGGCACCGGCGCCGUGCGGUCCUUCUCCACUACUUUCGUUUUCGCCAUCUUCGGGCCGUACACCGACCUGAGCAGCCAUGGCAUGGCCUUCUUCAUCUCCGCUUCCAGGGAGGUGCUCUCCACUGCGCUGCCAGGCCGGUACUUGGGCCUCCUCAACAGCAGCAACGAUGGCAGCCGGACCGCUCGCGUCUUCGCCGUGGAGCUUGACACGAUCCUUAACCCCGAGUUCAACGACAUCAGCGGCAACCACGUCGGCAUCGACGUUGAUAGCCUGGUGUCGCUCGAUUCCACGGACGCCGGGUACUACGAUGACGGCACCGGGCGGUUCCUGAACCUAAGCCUGAUAAGCCGGACGGCCAUGCAAGUGUGGGUGGACUACGACAGCGGUGCAACGAAGAUCACGGUGACCAUGGCUCCCCUCGGCGUGGCCAGGCCGAAGAAGCCCCUCCUGCAGAUCACAGUCGACCUCUCGGGUGUGGUGCAGAGCACGGCGUAUGUUGGCUUCUCGUCCGCAACAGGCAUCAUGAACGCACGCCACUUCGUCCUCGGCUGGAGCUUCGCGAUGGAUGGACUAGCACCGGCACUCGACAUCUCGAUGCUGCCAGCCUUGCCACAGGUCUGGCCGAACCAAAGGUUCAUGUCCGUCUCAGUGAAAAUGGGGCUGGCCUUAGCAUCGGUGACCCUGGUUUCGGUAGGCAUUGGAAUCUACAUCUUUGUAAGAUGGCGGCGUCUCAAAUACUCGGAGGUGCAUGAGGACUGGGAGAUUCCGUUCGGCCCGAACCGAUUCUCUUACAAGGACUUGUUUCAUGCGACUGGGGGGUUUAGUGACAAAAACCUGCUUGGGAGGGGAGGUUUUGGAAGUGUCUAUAAGGGUGUGCUUCGCAAGCCUGACAUGAAGGUCGCUGUGAAAAGGUUGUCACACAAUUCAAGACAAGGGAAAAGGGAGUUCAUCGCCGAGGUAGUAAGCAUUGGUCGUCUUCGACACCGGAAUAUCGCGCGAUUGUUGGGCUACUGCAGACGGAAGGGUGAGCUUCUCCUGGUUUAUGAGUACAUGGAGAAUGGUAGUCUUGACAAGUACCUACACAAUAGAAAUAGCUCAGUUUUGGACUGGUCUCACAGGUACUAGAUCAUCAGAGGUGUGGCCUCGAGCUUGUUGUAUCUGCAUGAGAAAUGGGAGCAGGUCGUUAUCCACCGAGAUAUAAAGGCAAGUAAUGUGCUAUUGGAUGGUAAGAGGAAUGGACGGCUAGGCGAUUUUGGUCCUGCAAGGAUAUAUGACCAUGAAACCGUCGCUGGAGCUACCCACGUGGCUGGCACAAUUGGAUAUCUCGCACCAGAACUCGGGCGCACAGGGAAACCAACCGCCUUCACAGAUGUAUACGCAUUUGGCAUGUUUCUCUUGGAGGUGACAUGUGGACGUAGGCCAAUCUUCACCAGCGAGCAAAAAAAUCAGGUAUUACUGGUAGAUUGGGUGCUUGAGCACCACCAGAAUGGCUCAAUCCUCGACACGGUAGAUCCACGACUCCAAGGGGAAUUUAAUAGGGAGGAGGUAACCAUCGUGCUCAAACUAGGUUUGUUAUGCACGUACCCAUUGCCUGAUGUGCGGCCUAUUAUGCGGAAGGUCAUGCACUACCUCGACCAUGGUCAGUCGCCCCCUGAUUUAUCUCCGGCCUACAUAACCUACAUGAACCUAGUGAAAAACGAAGGGUUGAAUUCAUACAACAUGAACAGGCCAGGUUUGGGGCCCAAAAUGAGCGUUGCCACUAUAUCCUCGGCGACAAUUUUGCAAGACGGAAGAUGAAGCAUGGAAUCAUGGGGACUCCUCUUAUCAGUUGUGGCCUCCUUUCAUCAAAAUUACUAGCCUAGUUAACAACAGUAUCUCUCUCUAUUCUUAAUGCUUCAUUUGGAGUCAAUAAAAUCCAUCAUUUGUCCCAAAAAAUGAGAAGGUUGCGUUGGAUUGUACUAUCAAUAUGAAAAAAAUACCGCUGCUACUGUAUCUUCCUCCGACGCAGUUGCUAUUAGUAGAUAUGAGAUUGCAUAAUCUUAAAUUGGAACACUUGAUCAAAAAUCACCAUGAUAGAUGGUGCAGCUAAUAACAAUUAGCAACCCAUUGCAAGCUGUCAGAAAACACAAUACUGAAAAGAUUCAGGCAAGUAGUCAGUUGAAAAGAUCCAGACAAAGGAUGUUGAUGCUGAUAUCAUCCAUGGAGAUGCAGCAUGCAGAUAUAUCAAACUAUUUUUCUUGAUAAGGAGCGCGAAGAUACUUUCGUUUUAGUAAUGAGCAUGAAGAAACAUUCAGAACAAAAUCUUGUCCAGAAUUUAGAAGAGUGAAGUGUGGUUAUUUGUGCAACAGAACAGCUAGGAGAGGGUUGAUGACAUUCGUUAUGGAAAAGCAGGCUGCACGCGUUUCUGACUUGAGCGAGACAAAAAUGGUCUAUCAUGCACGCGUUACAUGCAACUUAACCAAAUAGCCACCGAUCUAGUAUC